CGAAAAAGUCUCCAACUGUCAUUAUGGCAACAUGGAGAAAUUAUUAAUAACACAGCUGUAAAACAUAAACAAAUAUCAGAAUCAUCAUAAUGGAUUUAUUAAACAAUGAAAAAUUUAAAUGCAGUGUUAGUUCGGUGCUAAACAAAGAUACCAAACAACAUGGUAAGCAAUUUUUGUACGACCAACAAGAUGAUACUGCCUGGAGUUCCAAUGAGGGUAUACCUCAAUGGAUAGCUAUAGAAUUUGAAGAACCUCAGACGGUGAAAUCAUUUAGUUUUCAAUUUCAAGGUGGUUUUGCUGCCAAAGAAGCUAAAAUUCAAAUUCAUAAACCGGAUAGCUCAGUACAUGAAGAACCUUUUUAUGCCGAGGAUAUUAAUGCUGUGCAAAAUUUUACCCUAGCAGCUGAGCAAACAAAUGUGAAAAGAGUCAAGUUUAUAAUAGAAAGUAGUACCGAUUUCUUUGGCCGUAUUAUUGUUUAUAAUUUAAAGAUUUUUUAAAUAAAGUUUUGGAUA